AUGAUUGUAAUCAAAUCGAUGACAGUAUUUUUGGUUUUGUUAAAUUAUAUGGAAUGUGCAAAUAUUCUAUAUGUGACUCCAUUUUCUUCACCAUCCCACAACAUAUUAUUGCGACCCAUCGGUGUAGAACUGGCGCGUAGAGGGCAUAAUGUGACCGUAAUAACUUCAAUCAGAGAAAAAGCUCCACCGCCAAACUACCGUGAAGUUAUGGUAGAUGAUCGAAAGAUUUGGGACUUAAUAGGUGGUGAAAGGCCGAAUGUAUUUAGUAUGGUUGAUAUGUCAGCAGAAGAUUUCCAUCAUAAAAUUCUAUGGGCUGGAGGCGUAGCUUAUACGGAACUUACACUUAAUUCGACUGAUGUUAAAAAUUUUUUGAAAGAAGAUCACAAUUUCGAUUUGGUAAUAUCAGAACAGUUUUACCAAGAAGCUUUAUAUGUUUUGGCACAUAAAUACAAUACACCGUUAGUACUUAUUUCAACAUUUGGUAACUGUAUGAGGCACAAUAUCGUUAACAGGAACCCUUUACAAUUAUCUACAGUUGUCCCUGAAUUUUUGGAUCUAAUGGAUAUUUCUAGUUUUUGGGGGAGAUUGAGAAAUUUGUAUUUUACGACGUAUGAAUAUUUAUAUUGGAGAUUUGUGUAUCUAAAGAAACAGGAAAAGUUGGUAAAACAAUACUUGCCAGAUUUAGCAGAGCCAGUGCCAAGUUUGUACAGCUUGCAAGAAAACGUUUCUUUGAUGAUGAUCAAUAGCCACUUUAGCUUUGAUACUUCAGCUGCUUUGUUACCGAAUAUUGUUGAAAUUGGCGGAAUUCAUUUGUCACGUAGCAAUGCAAGUCUUCCUAAGGACCUACAAAAGCUUUUGGACGAAUCCACUCAUGGAGUAGUAUAUGUGAGCUUUGGCUCAAAUGCUAGGAGUUCAGAAUUAGCGAUAGAAAAGAAGAGGGCAUUUAUCAAUGUUUUCAAAAAACUUAAGCAGACCGUACUUUGGAAAUGGGAGGACGACAAAUUUGAAGAUAAACCGAAUAAUGUAGAAACCAGAAAAUGGUUUCCUCAAAAGGAAAUUCUUGCACAUCCAAAUAUCAAAGUAUUUAUAUCACAUGGCGGUCUAAUUGGAACUCAAGAAGCUGUAUUUAAUGGAGUACCUCUUAUUGGCGUUCCAAUAUACGCCGAUCAAUACAAUAACCUGUUACUAGUUCAAGAAACUGGUUUCGGGAAAAUUCUCCAAUAUCAUGAAAUUAAUGAAGUUACGUUGGAGAAUAUACUUCAAGAAAUUCUAAAUAACGAAACUUAUGCAAUAAAAGCCAAAGAAAUGUCACGAACAUUUAAGGAUAGGCCCAUGAGCGCUCUGGAUACCGCAAUGUUCUGGAUAGAAUAUGUGAUUAGGAACAAAGGAGCGGAAUAUAUGAAGAAUCCUGCCAGAAAUAUUAGCUGGAUAGCAUAUAGCAUGAUUGAUGCGUAUAUUUUCAUUAUCACAUUAUUCGUAGCUGUUAUUGCAGUUUUUCUAAUGUUAGUAAGAAGUGUAUUGAAAGUGCUAUCUCAUAAACACGACUUGAAAAAUGAUAAAAAGCGUUUG